AUGCUCCGAAAACGACGCUCGAUGGACAUCGAUAAGACGGACGGCCCAUGGCAGCCAGGCACAUUGGGAUCAGUGAAGGAGAAAAAUGCAGCGCAAACCAUGACAAAGCUAAGCAGGACGACUUGGGAACGACUUCAAACGCGCAAGUAUGAGGGCGGGAGGCCGAUGAGUGAGGAGCACACCAUCGACGCCUUGCUGGGCAGCCUAGCCAUCCCGCAUGACGUGUGGAGGGACCGCGUUGCACGGAAGAACCCGACGCAUGUUGCAGAGAAAACCCGAUGCAAGCUGUUUCAGAUGCUGAUCAACCUACAGGAUCCCGCCGAGAAACCUCAGCAGGAGAAGUCGCCGGAUCCAAAGGGAAGACGACGCGGAGCGCAACGAGCUACUCGACAUGUACGGGACCGAGCAGGCUUACAAGGAGCCGGCUGUUCUAAUCGAGUUUAUGAACAACUACCUCUGCACUUCGCGGACUUCUCCGAGCUGUGGCCCAUUUUCCAGCAGGGCAUCGACGUCAUCACGUCAUCCAAACCAACCAGCGCUUACCGCGUGUUUCACAUCACCGGCGGGCGACCGUAUCAGGAUUCAGGAGGAACAGACAAAGAGGAAUGGUGGCAGAGCAAGGACAAGCACAAGAUCGAGUUUGGCAUUCCGCCGCCCACCGGUGCCAAUAGAGCCGAGGUCGUCAUAGUGUCGAGCGGUGGCUGGAAAGCAGUUGAGUGCUGCGAGAACGACGACAUCUUCGACGACCUGGGCCUCGAUCAUCGGCGCAUGGAAAACUCCCUGCCGCAAAAGACGCUGCUGACGACCGAUGUCCGCUACCUCGGUGACGAUGCGUCCCAAGUCCCCACGGAGGACCUCAUUCUGUUUCUGCAGCGGCUCUCUGCCAAAGAUCACAAGUGGGCCAUUGUCGGCAUCAACAAUGUCAAGAAACUUGCCCCGCCGUCGGGUGAAGCAUCGAGGUCUCUGGUCCUGCUCGCCGGCCACAAAGACAUGGAAUACUUCCUCGUCCAGGCACAUUUCCGCCGCAUGCAUCACGUAGGCGCAGAAGACGAGAUGCAGGCCGAUCUGGUCCGCGGCAAGGGUACGGGCCAUACACCAAGACACCUCAUCCCGAGCUAA